AUGGCGGCUAAACAGGCAGCUGAAAAGCUCAUCUCGGAGCACCUCGUGGCGGUCUUCAGCAAGAGCUAUUGUCCUUACUGCUCACAGGCCAAGAGUGUCAUAGAAAAGCUCGGUCUGGACAAGAGCAAAGUCGGAAUUCUCGAGCUCGACCAGAUGGGUUCCGAAGGCAGCGACAUCCAGGCUUACCUCCUCGACAAGACCAGCCAGCGUACGGUCCCCAACAUCUUUAUCAACCAGAAACACCUCGGUGGCUGCUCCGACCUGCUCGACGCUCAGAAGAGUGGAAAGCUCCAACAGCUCCUCCAGUAG